AUGCAACAUCGAUCCGAUCAACUCGUAUUUAUUCAGCAAGAAGAAGAUCCGAAUGUGAAAAGUCAAUCAUCAGAAACUAUUAAAUCAUUAUCAUCUCCAUUGAAGACUCAGUCCAAACCAAUAUCAAUUAAACGACAAUCAUCGAAAAAAGCAGAAAUUCAGAUAUUUUGGGGCUCUUUUUUAAUAAAUUAUAUAAGGUACAACUAAUGCAAAAAUGCAGUGAAAUUUUUUUGCUUCUAUUAUACAUGUUAUGAUUCGUUGGAGCGCGGUGAAUCAUGUC